AUGGCCCAGAUGUUGAAAGCACUGAAGAAAGAGCCAGGUGCUUCCAAUGGCGAGGAUCGCAAACCAAAUGGGAUUAAAAGCAAGCUCGCGCAGAAGUUAAAGGCUCCACUCAGGCGACUCAAGACUGGAGGCAAACCCGAGGAAAAUGAACCAUCACGAAUUGCACACAGGCCGGUAUUUGCUGCCCGAAAUGUACCGGAAGGUGUGGCAGUCACCGGCGAGGAUUCGACCCGGCACCAGCGAGCAAGGCCCAAAAGAGCAAAGCACGAAAGGAGGGAAACAAGAAGACACAAGGAGCAGCAAUAUGGGAUCUCCGCCCGCGAGAAAGAUGCCAAAUUUUUAAAUCAUGGUCCGCCUGAACUCACCAAGCUCUAUAAGCCCCUGAGCAUAAAUAUGAGCAAGACUAGGAAGAGAAGCGACGAAGAGAUGGAAUAUUAUGGAAGGUAUCAGUUCGAGGAGCUGGACUUUUCUGACGAAAUUGGCCAUAUUAUUACAUUCAGGGCUCGAAUACAUACCAUACGACGAUUGAGCGCUAAAUUGAUAUUCCUCGUCUUCCGUCAGCAAACAUUCACAAUUCAGGGCGUGCUCGAGGCCAGCCACCCGGACGAUGGAGAUGGAGAUGGAGGGAGAUAUAGCCAUCAAAAUAUGCGUCCCAAUGGCGUGGGCAAUGAAUUAGGUGGAAUUGUAUCAGAGCAAAUGGUGCGGGCCGUUCUACACUAUCCCCUAGAAAGUAUUGUACUUGUUAAAGGGAAGGUCCGCAGCCCUCCCGAUACCGUCCAUACAGCAACGAUACACGAUGCAGAGAUUGAGGUUCAAGAAAUACAUCUGAUCUCACAAUUAUCCGAACAUGUGCCUUUUUCUGUGUACGAGGCUGAGAAUAUUGGGAGAUUCAGUCUGAGAGAAAGUGAGGAGGCCUCGGGCGAAUCCGACGAGGAAAUAUCCGGAGAAUCCAAUGGUCAGGGCAGCCAAACCACUGCUGGCGACGGUCACAGCAGUGAAACUAGCGUUGAGAGGGGCUCGCGAGGAAGCACCGAAGGUGGUAGGCAUAGCAAAGCGUUGCCUCAGACUUACCGUCUAAAUAAUAGGAUCGUUGACCUCCGCACGACGUGUUCUCAAGGCAUCUUUCGCAUCCAAUCGGGAAUAAGCAAUAUGUUCCGUUCUUAUUUAGAUUCCCAAGGGUUUAUUGAAAUCCACACACCAAAGCUGCAAGGUAGCGCAACCGAGUCAGGGGCGUCUGUCUUCGAAGUCAACUAUUUUGGCAGGCCAGUAUAUUUGGCCCAGUCACCCCAGCUAGCGAAGCAGAUGUGUAUCGCUGCAGAUUUUGAGAGAGUAUAUGAAAUUGGAGCGGUAUUCCGAGCCGAAAACAGCAAUACACCUCGGCACCUCACGGAAUAUACUGGGCUAGAUCUUGAAAUGGCCUUUGAGGAGCACUACCACGAAACCUUGGAUUUGAUUGAUGAAAUGUUAAAGAGUAUGUGGAAGGGCUUAUAUGAAAGAUAUAGCAGAGAAAUUGAGAUAAUAUCUCAGUUUUAUCCUCAUGAAAGCCUAUUGUGGCGCGAUGAAACACCUCGAUUAUCAUUUUCUGAGGGUAUCAAGCUAUUGCUGUCCGAUGGAUGGACGGAUGAAUUGGGAAACCCGCCAUCUGACACCGAAGAUUUGUCCACAAGAGCCGAAAUAAGGCUUGGGCAGCUCGUGAGAGAAAAAUAUCAGUCAGACUACUAUAUUCUGGAUAAAUUCCCCGCCUCUGCGCGGCCAUUUUACACAAUGCCAGAUCCUAGCAAUGAAAACUUCACCAAUUCCUUCGAUAUUUUUAUUCGAGGCCAGGAAAUACUUAGCGGUGGCCAACGCAUUCACGAUGCUAGCUGCCUAGAAAAGCGCAUGAGGAGGCUUGGGGUAGAGCCUGAGGUAAUGAACGACUAUAUAGAGGGCUUCCGAUGGGCUGCACCCCCACAUGCUGGAGCCGGUAUUGGCCUCGAGAGACUCACAUUCCUCUUCCUUGACCUUGGCAAUAUCCGGCUAGCAUCACUCUUUCCGAGGGAUCCAAAAUCCCUUCCUAGACAUCUAGGAGGGCCCAUCCUACGGCACCCAGAGGCAAGUACUACCAAUCCGCCAUGGGCCGACAAGACAAACCGGAACCAAGAAAUCGUCCCCAAAGACUACCAACCUCUCGAGAAGCUCAUUGCAAACUAUGGCGAUGCGGCCAAUACGUCCUGGCUGGAUGAACGCUACGAGAUCUGGCGACAUCCUUCCACAGGCGCGGUUCAAGGUUUUGUCCCGUAUCAUGGGUUUGCAAUCACCGUUGGAGAGCCUCUAUGCGCUAAAUCACAAUACCCUCAGGUUGUUUCUGGAUACCUCAACUAUAUUAAGACAGAGCGACGAGAUCUCAAGCCUUUAUGGCUUAUGGCGGGCCCAGCGAUAGAGGAGUUCCUCGGUGAUAAAUGCAAUUGGCGCACCCUGAGCCCAGUCGCAGAGAACAGAGUUGAUCCACACAACAAUAUCGCGUCUAAAGACCAUGAUAUCGCCAGAAAGAUACGCCAUGCCGAGCACCAAAGGGUGAAGAACUUCGAAUGGCCCAAAACCAAGCCUGUCCCAGUAGAGCUUAAAGCACGAGUUAACGAGCGCAUCGGCGAAUGGAAGGCAAGGCGCAAAGCCGGCGCUCAGGUCCAUCUCACAGAGAUCAGGCCCUGGAUUGACGAAGAGCACCGCCGCUACUUCUACGCCACCGACGGCUCCCGAGAUGGCCGUGUCCACGCGAUACUUGUUCUGCAUCAGCUUGCUCCAGAGAACGGCUACCAGGUGAAAUUCAUGCUCGAGUUCCCAGGCGCACCCUCUGGUACCAUCGAAUCCCUGAGCGUGUUUGCCAUGGCGGCCAUCGUGGCCCAGGAGCCGGAUGUGCACAGCAUUACGUAUGGCACUGGUGCGACAGAUACUGUUGUCGGCGGCCGCAACAUGGGGAAGGGCAAGCUCAAGCUCCUGAAAAAGACGUAUGAGAUUAUCAAUGGGCGUUUGAAACUGACGAAUAAAACUGAGUUUCGUGAGAAAUUCGGUGCUAGUUUGGAUAGGGUUUAUGUGUGUUAUCCUUGGCGUGGGCUGGGUCCUGCGGGGAUUAAGGCGAUCGUGGAUUUUAUGCAGGAAGAGAGUUAG